AUGCCUCUCCUAGAAGCGCCCAGGAAUGGCGGCGCAGCCAACAAUGGCGUUCUCAAUGGGGUGUCGCAUUCUCAGAACUUUGGCUUUGACACAGAAGCCCACUUGGAUGACCCUAACAGACGCCAAAGAAUAGUAGUGGUGGGACUGGGAAUGGUGGCUAUUUCCUUCCUGGAGAAAUUGGUCAAGCAAGAUUCUGAGAGGAGAAAAUACGAUAUCGUCGUUAUUGGCGAAGAACCUCACGUUGCUUACAACCGAGUCGGCCUUUCCUCGUUUUUCGAACACCGCAAUAUCGAGGACCUCUACCUCAACCCGAAAGAAUGGUACGGAUCAUUCAAAGACCGAUCGUUCGACUACCAUCUCAACACCAGAGUGACCGAUAUAUUUUCUGACCGCAAAACGGUAAAAACCUCAACAGGUGACAUAAUCGCCUACGAUCUUCUUGUUCUCGCUACCGGGUCUGAUGCGGUACUUCCCACUCACACUCCGGGCCAUGAUGCCACCGGGGUUUUUGUCUACAGAACAAUAUCAGACCUCGAGCGCCUGAUCGAAUUUGCCUCGAAACAUAAGGGCGAGACGGCAACUACCGUCGGAGGUGGUCUGCUAGGACUCGAGGCUGCCAAAGCAAUGACGGAUCUAGAAGAUUUCGGCAAGGUCAAGCUCAUUGACCGCAACAAGUGGGUUCUGGCAAGGCAACUAGACGGCGAUGCCGGUACCCUAGUGACGCGGAAAAUCAGAGAACUGGGCUUGGAUGUGAUGCAUCAGAAGCGAGUAGCGAAGAUUAAGACGGAUGAGAACAACAAUGUCACUGGUAUCGUCUUUGAGGAUGGGGAAGAAAUAGAUUGCUGCUGCGUCUGUUUUGCUAUCGGAGUUCGUCCUAGAGACGAGUUAGGGACGUCUGCUGGUAUUCAGUGCGCUUCGCGGGGUGGGUUUGUUAUCAAUGAAAGCCUACAAACUUCAAUCCCCGAGAUUUACGCUAUCGGAGAAUGUGCAAGCUGGGAAAACCAGACGUUUGGUAUUAUUGCACCCGGCAUUGAAAUGGCAGAUGUCCUAGCGUUCAAUUUGACCAAUCCGGAUAAGGAACCAAAGAGCUUCAGGCGACCAGAUUUGAGCACUAAGCUGAAGCUCUUGGGGGUGGAUGUCGCCAGUUUUGGUGACUUUUUUGCGGAUCGCGAUGGGCCCAAGUUCCUGCCAGGCCGUCGACCAUCGGUCGCAACUAUUCCGCGGGUCAAAGACACGGCGGAAAAAGAGCAACCAGUGAAGGCUCUUACAUACAAAGAUCCUUUUGGUGGUGUCUAUAAGAAAUAUCUAUUCACUAUGGACGGCAAAUAUCUACUCGGAGGAAUGAUGAUCGGUGAUACAAAGGACUAUAUCAAACUGAACCAAUUGGUAAAGAGCCAGAAAGAACUCGAAGUGCCUCCAAGCCAGUUCAUUCUGGGAGCCCAAGCUGGCGGGGAAGAGAACGGUGAUGACCUUGCCGACGAUACCCAGGUUUGCUCAUGUCACAACGUUACCAAGGGUGAUGUCGUUGAAAGUGUCAAGAGUGGCACAUGCAAGUCAAUCGGAGAGGUCAAAUCAUGCACAAAGGCAGGCACUGGCUGUGGAGGCUGUAUGCCGUUGGUGCAAUCUAUUUUCAAUAAGACCAUGCUUGAUAUGGGCCAGGAAGUUUCGAACAACUUAUGUGUACAUAUUCCACAUUCGCGCGCUGACCUCUACAAUAUCGUCGCUAUCAAGCAACUGAAAACGUUCGAAGACAUUAUGAAGGCAGUCGGAAGAAGCCCCGAUUCUCUUGGGUGCGAGCUGUGCAAGCCUGCUAUAGCGUCAAUCCUUUCAAGUCUCUUCAAUGGACACAUCAUGGACCACGAAUAUCAUGAGCUACAAGAAACUAAUGACAGAUUCCUUGCUAACAUCCAACGCAACGGAACUUUCUCUGUGGUCCCUCGAGUACCCGGUGGUGAAAUCACUGCAGACAAGCUGAUUGCUAUCGGCCAGGUGGCCAAGAAAUAUAACCUUUACUGCAAGAUCACGGGUGGCCAGCGUAUCGACAUGUUUGGAGCCAAGAAACAGGACUUGCUUGAUAUCUGGACAGAAUUAGUUAAUGCCGGCAUGGAAAGUGGCCAUGCUUAUGCCAAAUCACUCCGGACCAUCAAGAGCUGCGUCGGAACUACUUGGUGUCGCUUCGGUAUUGGAGACAGUGUCGGGAUGGCUAUUAGACUUGAAGAACGCUACAAAAGUGUUCGAUCUCCCCACAAGCUCAAGGGUGCCGUGUCCGGUUGCGUGAGAGAAUGCGCCGAGGCACAAAACAAAGACUUUGGCUUGAUCUCUACAGAAAAAGGGUUCAAUAUCUUCGUAGGCGGGAACGGGGGCGCGAAGCCUAGACAUUCGGAAUUACUCGCCAAAGAUGUACCACCAGAUAUGGUCAUUCCAAUUAUUGAUCGCUAUCUCAUUUUCUACAUCCGAACGGCAGAUAAACUGCAGCGAACUGCUCGGUGGAUCGAAAAUCUGCCUGGGGGAAUCAAUUACCUUCGGGAGGUCGUCAUUGAUGACAAACUGGGAAUAUGCGCUGAGAUGGAGCAGCAAAUGCAGGAGUUGGUUGACAGCUAUUUCUGCGAGUGGACUGAGACUAUCCGCAAUCCGAAGCGCCGCAAGUACUUCCAGCAGUUUGCCAACACCGAUGAGACGGUUGACACAGUGGAACUUGUCAAAGAACGUGAUCAGGAACGACCUACCUACUGGCCAAGCGAGGGCGCAAAGGAGGACUUCAAGGGGCACCAGUGGUCGGCUCUCUCAUGGCAGCCAAUUAUCAGAGCUGAUCACUUCUCGGAUGGACCUCCUGCUAUCUCCUCGGCCAAUGUCAAGCGGGGAGACACUCAGCUGGCAAUCUUCAAGGUCAAGGGUAAAUAUUACGCAACGCAACAGAUGUGUCCCCACAAGCGUGCAUUUGUCCUAUCCGAUGGUCUGAUCGGCGAUGAUGACGCCGGCAAAUACUGGGUGUCCUGUCCAUACCACAAGCGUAAUUUCGAACUCAAUGGCGAGCAAGCCGGCCGUUGCUCGAACGAUGAGGCUAUGAAUAUCGCAACUUUCCCGGUUGAAGAACGGGACGAUGGUUGGAUCUACCUGAAGUUACCACCCGUCGAGGAGCUGGACUCCGUGCUGGGGACUGAGCGGUGGAAAGUGAAGAAAGGAGAGGCACCCGAUCCAUUCCAGAAGUGUGAUAAGAAAUACAAGGGAACGAGAGGCAAGAAGGUGGGUGAUAGACCUAGCCCGACCAAACAAUCUAAGACGAUUGAUUGGUAA